UUGGUUUCGAAUUUAAAAGGUACACACAGUGCACGGCGAUCACUCGGUUCAUUCACAGGAUUCAGGAAACUUUGAAAGGAACCAGCAACGUGUGAUCAUCAAAUUCCACAAUUUUAUCCUUAUUUGUUCAUUUUCCAAACUGAUCCUGAUUUCAACCAAGGAGAGCCAGUCAAUGAUGGCAUACAAGCCAGAUUCCAAGCAGUUCAUGACGCCAACAACGAGCGCACCACACCGCAGCAUGGCUCCCAAGCGAGUGCUGCCCGCCGCCUCCCACAGCAAGACCUACACCAGUGUAGGGGGUGGCGUCUCAACCUCUGCCCCAGGCUCUGCUUCCUCCCAGGCCUUGAGAAUAUUGCAGAAUGCUAAGACUAAUAUGGCUAUGGCAAGUAUGCAUGAAAAUAGAAUGGCCCAAGCCGAAAGACAGGCCCCGCCCACUUCCCACCCGGCCAUGGUGCAGAAGCCUGCAGCGAGAGUUGCCCCCAACAACGAGAACAGACCGGACCCAGCAAGGUGCCAGCAGCAACUCCAACAGCAGAAGCCGGCCGGACACGAUCGAGUUCUUAAGGAGUCUCAGGCAGAGAAUGCUCCGGCAUCAGCAGCAACUUCAACUCAGUCAUCAAAAGAGGCAUGCAGAUGGAGCCUUGCCAACUUUGACAUUGGCAGGCCCCUGGGCAAAGGCAAAUUUGGCAAUGUGUAUUUGGCCCGGGAGAAGAAGUCCAAAUUCAUCGUCGCCCUCAAGGUCCUGUUCAAAUCUCAGCUCCAGAAGGCCAACGUGGAGCAUCAGCUGAGACGAGAGAUUGAGAUCCAGUCACAUCUCAGACAUGACCAUAUCUUGCGCCUCUACGGAUACUUCUACGACGAAAACCGAGUCUAUCUCAUCUUGGAGUAUGCGGCCAGGGGAGAGUUGUACAAGGAGAUGCAAGCCCAGAAAUCGGGCCACUUUGACGAAGAGAGGUCGGCCCUGUACAUCUACCAACUAGCCAAGGCGCUACGCUAUUGCCACGAGAAGAAGGUCAUCCACAGAGACAUCAAACCAGAGAACCUGCUGCUCACCUUGAAAGGCGACCUCAAGAUUGCCGACUUUGGAUGGUCUGUCCACGCCCCGUCAUCCAGACGAGCCACCCUCUGCGGCACCCUGGACUACCUGCCCCCUGAGAUGAUCGAAGGAAAGACCCACGACGAGAAGGUCGACCUCUGGAGUCUAGGGGUGUUAUGCUACGAGUUCUUAGUCGGCAAGCCGCCUUUCGAAUCCCAAGGAAACACGGAAACCUACAGAAAAAUUACCAAAGUGGAUUUCACCUUUCCAAAUCAUGUUUCUCCUGGAGCACGAAACUUGAUAUCCAAGCUUUUGAAGCACAACCCUUCCCAUCGUUUGCCUCUGGAGAGUGUCAUCACCCACCCGUGGAUCCAGGAGAAGAUCGGCCAGAGGUCAUGACCUCCACAGUCUGCCGGGAUGCAGCUGUUUAGCCCUUGGCCCCUGUGUGGUGCUGGUGUACAUAUGUAGAUUUCAUCAUCGUCAGGACCCAAAAAUUCAACUGCAAUAAUGAGAUUGGGCAGGUGUAAGCUACUAAUUAGUGGACGAGUCGAUUGUAUUCAUAUUUCUGGGUACAUGUAUCUGUAACAUACGGAUUUCUGGGAUUGCACCGACUUUGUUGCACUCAUCGGCAGUCAUCCAUCAGAUCGUCCACAUGUCUAACAGAAGCAGCACUUACAAUGGUUCUUCAUUGGAGCAUAGUGCACCGCAACCUUUGUACAUCACUUGCAGGCAGGGGACAUACAGUACCACGAUUUCUUUCUGCUGCGCUCAGUUGCAGUAUAAUUCACUUGUGUCACGGCUUGUAAAGGAGUAGUGUGAAAGAUUUACGGGAGCCAAGUUGACCUUUGAUAGCAUUUCAUGCAUGUACACUGAGCAACUUAAGCUGGCCAGAUUUCAGUUCUGCAGCGACAGCAACCUAAUGCAGCCAGUAUCUACAUAUUCUUAUCAGCAUCAGACGCCCCGUUGCACAUGCACCGGUUUGUGCACAGGGGUUAGCCAUAGAAAAUAUACACCUUUUGAAAUGAAAUUGUAAAUACAUGUAACUUCUCGGCUUUACUGAAAAGUAAACCUCAGGUCCACACACAAGUCAGUUCAACAGUGUCUCCCAAUUUUACCGUUUCCAAGUUCUGACGGGCAUGGACAUAUGAACCUUCUUUUCUUUAAGCAAUCUGAAUUACACACUGUACAUGUACAUUAUGUGGACCAUGCCAUCUGGAAAUGUAACAAUAUAUUGUACAUUUUGUAUUAAAUCUAAGCAGUUUCGUUCCUGCCCGACAGGUGUAUUAAGCAGUACAUUAUGGUGAAUGGGAGGUGCAUUUUAAAAAAUUGCUGAACACCCUUGUGCCGGGCACACAAUAAAGUAUCUUGUAUUUUAUCAAGUUCAAUCCCCAAAGAUCCAGCAACUGCAAUAAGAAAAAGCACAGAUAACAUGCAUACCUAGAAUACAACGGGUUUUAGGUUUUGUAGCUUGUUCAUUUUCUAAACACAUAUGCAGAGUUCAGAACAGUAGCUGAUGCACUUUCACUAUUUCUGCGUACAAAUGGUGAUGAAACUUUGAAACUGCUCGUUGAGGAAUUUUCUGUUCAUCUGAAUCAUAAUAGUCGGCAAAGCCUCGUCACACCAACUUGAGGGUUUGUUUGGGGCGUGGAGCUAGACUUGUCUUCGGUAGCUUAUUUACAAGCACUAAACGAUUUAAAAAGUAGGUGCUGAAUAUGCAUAUAUUCUGGAUAGAACAAGUUUCAAGAAAGCUUUGACCUUUCCUGUCUACGUCACUAGCAUGAUGAAACCAAGCAUUGGUUAAAUUGUGCACUACUUACAUGUAAGUUACACAAAAGACUAUUUCUAGUUGAUGUUUCACUGACGGUGCAUGCAAGACAGGGUGGUAAAGUCGAUAGAUAAUUCAUCUUGAACAAUUCAAAGAUCUCGACCUUUGCAAAGUGAGCAUGAUACACGAUAACACAGAUAAAGCUUGUUGGCUCCAAACCCAGGACUGCUGGUAAAAUUAUAAUGCCACUCUAUUUCAAAUAUAGAAUAAUUUCAAUUUAAUAUCAACGGUUUCCUUUUUAACUUUUGUGAUUGUGUUUAUGCCUGUCUGUGAUAAAGUGUGACAUGAUAUUUUGAUUUUAAAGAAUUGAAACUUCAGUUAUAUAAUGUAAAAUUUAGAAAAGAUUUGUGUUAUGUAUAAUGUAUGCUCUUAAAAUGGGAAAGGGUUUAAGCAACAGGGAACAUAAACACUUGAUAAACUACAUAUUAAUUUAUUUCUUUCUGAGUAAUUUGCAACUUUGUUCAAAUUUCACAUCUGAAAAUGUUUCUUUUAGUAUAUAUAAAAAACAGGCUUGACUUAAAUGUGCAAGGAAACUGUCCGGGAAAACAUAACACGUGCCCUUAAAGCUUAAAUAGUUACAAAAGCAAGAAAAGCGCUCUUUAAUUUUGAAAGAAAAAGACCAAGAGCAAAAGAUUCUGAAGGCACAUAUUAAAUAACUCUCUUCAAACGGUACACUAGUGGCGAGUACACAUUAGUUGUAGAAAUUCUUGUUCCCGGUAAUGUAGUGUCCAAUGUAUGUAUGUUAUCAUUGCAGGAAUUAAUUAUUUUCCGAGUACCAUGUUCACUGUAGCAUCAGCGCAAAGUUUCCGAUCAGUAUGUGUAAAUUGGUUCAAUAAAUCUUUGAUAUUUGUUCUGUAAA